AAACGCAAUGUGGUGCAGAGUGGGGAACAGGUGGUAAGACACUAUAUGAAGACAACGUUAUUCACGCGCUACGUCGUGGUACGGAGAACAAGGAGAGAAAACGCAGGACGCGUGUGUGUGGGAAGUGGAGAAGACACAAACAAAUAAAGCAAUAGCAAGACGCGCCGUGAAUGAAGUGCAGAAGACAGCGAGUGAGUCAAGCGAGUUGAUUGAUCAGUUUCCUCUCCGAUUGAAAUUGAAAUUAUUUCCCCCAAUUUCCAAAACCCUAGCUUUCCCACUCGCGCUUUCCCUCACUCGCCUUCACACUUUUCAAACUCGCUGCUCGUGAUCCUCCAACCCCGCCUUUUAAGUUACUGGCUGUAACACAAGUACAAUUUAUAUUUUAGAAGAUAUUCAGAACAGAGGGAUGGUGGUGCAGUGAGUGAAAAUAUGGGGGAUGCAUUGAAUGGAGAGCAACACAGGAGUGAUGCUGUUGUUGUUUCUCCUAAUACGGACCUUUCUUUGUUUGACGGGGACAGAGAUUUUGAGCCACAUACUGGCAUUGAGUUCAAAUCUCAUGAAGCAGCGUAUUCGUUUUACCAGGAAUAUGCUAAAUCUAUGGGGUUCACCACUUCGAUUAAGAACAGCAGGCGCUCGAAGAAAACAAAAGAGUUCAUUGAUGCCAAAUUUGCUUGCUCCAGAUAUGGAGUGACACCUGAGUCUGACGGUGGGAGCAACCGUAGAUCGAGUGUAAAGAAGACAGAUUGCAAAGCUUGCAUGCAUGUGAAGAGAAAGCCGGACGGAAAGUGGAUCAUUCAUGAAUUUAUAAAGGAACACAAUCAUGAACUUCUACCAGCUUUGGCAUAUCAUUUUCGGAUUCACCGAAAUGUGAAAUUAGCUGAAAAGAAUAAUAUGGACAUCUUGCACGCGGUCAGCGAACGUACCAGAAAGAUGUAUGUUGAAAUGUCUAGGCAAUCUGGUGGCUGUCUAAACAUUGAGUCUCUUGUAGGGGAUUUAAAUGAUCAGUUUAAAAAAGGCCAGUAUUUGGCUAUGGAUGAAGGAGAUGCCCAAGUUAUGCUUGAGUAUUUUAAGCACAUUCAAAAAGAGAAUCCCAACUUCUUCUAUUCUAUAGACUUGAAUGAAGAACAGCGUUUACGAAAUAUAUUCUGGAUUGAUGCAAAAAGUAUCAAUGAUUAUCUCAGCUUUAACGAUGUAGUUUCAUUUGAUACCAGCUACAUAAAAAGCAAUGAGAAGUUGCCAUUUGCUCCUUUUGUUGGAGUGAACCAUCACUGUCAACCUAUAUUGCUUGGAUGUGCAUUGGUUGCAGAUGAGACUAAACCAACAUUUUCUUGGGUAUUGAAGACAUGGCUUAGAGCGAUGGGUGGGCAAGCUCCCAAAGUUAUAAUCACUGAUCAAGACAAAUCCUUGAAGACAGCAAUUGAAGAAGUGCUCCCGAAUGUUCGGCAUUGCUAUUCUCUUUGGCACAUACUGGAAAGAAUACCUGAAAAUCUGUCUUUUGUGAUCAAACAGUAUAAGAACUUCUUGCCAAAGUUUCACAAGUGCAUUUUUAGGUCAUGGACAGAUGAACAGUUUGAAAUGAGAUGGUGGAAAAUUGUCACUAGAUUUGAGCUUCGUGAUGAUAUAUGGUUUCAAUCAUUGUAUGAAGACCGGAAAAACUGGGUGCCAACUUACAUGGGGGACACUUUUUUAGCUGGAAUGUCUACACCUCAACGUUCUGAAAGUAUGAACUCUUUCUUUGACAAAUAUAUUCAUAAGAAAAUCACCCUUAAAGAGUUUGUGAAGCAAUACGGGGUAAUUCUUCAUAGUAGGUAUGAUGAGGAAGCCAUUGCAGAUUUUGAUACAUUGCACAAGCAGCCUGCACUCAAAUCUCCUUCACCUUGGGAAAAACAAAUGUCAACAGUUUAUACACAUGCAAUAUUCAAGAAAUUCCAAGUUGAAGUGUUGGGCGUAGCAGGUUGUCAAUCUCGGAUAGAGGUUGAAGAUGGAACCAUUGCAAAAUUUACAGUUCAGGAUUACGAAAAGAAUGAAGAGUUUUUAGUAACUUGGAACGAGUUGAGCUCAGAGGUCUCCUGCUUCUGCCGAUUGUUUGAAUAUAAAGGUUUCCUUUGCAGGCAUGCAUUGAGCGUCCUCCAGCGUUGUGGUUGUUCUAGUGUUCCAUCACAUUAUAUCAUGAAGAGGUGGACCAAAGAUGCCAAAAUUAGGGAACCCAUGGCAGAUAAGACAAGAAGGAUACAGAGUAGGGUGCAACGAUACAAUGACUUGUGUAAACGAGCUGUUGUGUUGAGUGAAGAAGGAUCAUUAUCUGAAGAGAGUUACAAUGUUGCUUUUCGUGCACUCGUUGAUGCCCUGAAGAACUGUGUUCUUGUGAACAAUUGUAACAACAAUUGUGCAGAAACUAGCAACAAUGCUUUCAGCCUUCGUGAAGCAGAAGAAAAUCAGGGUGCUCUUGCUUUGAAACCAAGUAAGAAGAGGAACACAGCUAGAAAAAGAAAGGCACAAUUAGAGCAGGAUGUUAUCCUUGCUGAUGCUCAAAAUAGCCUGCAGCAAAUGGAUAAUCUAAGCUCGGAUGCGAUGGCACUCAAUGGAUAUUAUGGUAGCCAGCAGAAUGUGCAAGGACUGCAGGUACAAUUGAACUUAAUGGAGCCGCCUCAUGAGGGUUACUAUGUUAAUCAACAAAGCAUGCAAGGCCUCGGUCCAUUGAGUUCUAUGGCACCAAGCCAUGAUGGUUUUUUUGGAACACAGCAUAGCAUUCAUGGGCUGGGAGGGCAGUUGGAAUUUCGUCCAGCAACUAGUUUUGGAUAUAGCCUUCAGGAUGAUGAGCCUGAUCCACAGUUCCAUGGCAACAGUUCAAGAAACACUUAGAAGUUGUCUCUUCUCUGAUAUGGUAGUUUCCUCAGAGGCCGUGAAGUUUCCCUGUGGUGAUUGAAAUGAGCUUGGACAACGAAGACAGCCAUAUUCAUACUUCAAAGUUUCUGUAACUAUAUUUAUCAUUCAAAGUUUCUGUGACUAUAUUUGUCAUUCAAAGUUUCUCUAACUAUAUUUAUCAUAGACUAGAUGGAGUGAACUUUUAUAUAGAAUCUGACACAACAUUGCGGUUUAGAAAUCUAAUGCCAUCAUUCAUGGCCCUUUUCUGAA